GGAACAUGGUAAGAACCUUGUAUAAGUUGUCUGAUCUGAGAGAGACCAGGUUUGGUCAGCCGCCUCCCAGACACGGUCUGAGCUUGUUGUGGUGGUUUGCUCAUGAUUGUGUUCAGAUUGACUCGAACGCUCGUAUGAUUGCACUGUGUGACCCUGAAAAUGGAGAUUUUGGAUUUCAUCGAUUUUAUAAUAGGGAUAGACUUCUUCCUUGGAGUGGCCUACUAUACUAUGAGGUGGGCAACCUCAACUCCAAUCGCUCAUUGCCUCAUUAUGUCACUAAAAGUUACACAGGACAGUCAGACAACAGCAACAAAGAUCGCAUUAUUAUUUCCUUUGACUCAAAGAGGAAAAAAUUUGAGAAUGUUUAUGUGACACAGCACUCAGAUCGGACGCACUUCGAUCAGAAUCACACCUACCGUAUUAGCACUGAUCUCCUGAAGGACAUUCAAGACUUGAGCCGUGAAGACUUCCUCAGAGAGCCCUCGAAUCAUUCUGAACAUAUAUACAUAGACAUACAUCAGUCAGUGCAGAGACAAACCUGUCCGAGUACUAGCAACGAACCCGUGAAGUAUAUUAAACAGUUGAACCAUGAAGACUUCUUUAGAGAACCCAUGAACUGUUCUGAACCUGUACCUAUAGAUGUACUUCAGUCAGUGCAGGGAGAAACCUGUCAGAGUACAGACACUUUACUCAUCGAGGAGACUGAAGAGUCGAACUGUGAAGAACCCAUGAAUCGUUCUGAGCAGUUAUUCACAGACAUACAUCAGUCAGCACAGAGACAAACCACUUGGGCAAAACCCUCCACUCUACUGAGAUGUGCAUUGUUUACUGUGAUCCUUAUUGCUGCUAUUACCUGGUAUCUGAAGUAA